AUGGGCGUCACCAACAAGCGAACGAUCACCAAGACCCGGCGCAAGACUAGGGAUUUGGAUCAGAUCAAGGCUGAUCUCGAAUCGCCCAAGCACCUUGCACAGUUUCAACAGUUGAAGGCUGCUGAAGAUCUACCGGCCCUCGGGCGCCACUACUGUGUAGAAUGCGCCAAGUACUUUGACAGCGAGGAGGCGCUCAGCAGACACACUUCGGCAAAACCGCACAAGCGCAGGCUCAAGCAGCUUCGCGAGGGCCCCUAUACACACAAAGAGGCUGAUGCCGCUGGGGGUCUUUGGACAGACAAUGGCCGCCCUCAGGACGAUCCGAUCCCCAACGAAGACUCCAUCAUGACAACAUGA